AUGGGAGUUGGGCAUGGACUAACCUUAAUAUCAGACCAAUACAAAGGAUUACUUGAGGCUGUGAAGGAAAGGGUCCCAACAACAGAGCAUAGACAAUGUGCUAGGCACAUAUGUGCUAACUUCAUGAAAAGGUUUAAGGGCCAACUGUUUAGAAAGCUUUUCUGUAAAACAUUUUUUCAGACUGAUAGGGCUUGUGAUGCAUAUGAAAAUGGUAUAUCUGAGAGUUUCAACUCUGUGAUUGGAGUUGCCAGGAAGAGACCACUAAUCACCAUGUUAAAAGAAAUUCGAAUUUAUAUGAUGGAGAGGCUUUAUAGACAGAAGAUUAAGGGGAAAUCUUGGGAUUUAACCAUAUGUCCUACCAUUAGGCUGAAGUUGUCCAAGCUUAAGGAUCUUCAAAGGACAUGUGUCUGCAGAACUUGGCAGUUAACAGGUUACCCUUGUGUGCAUGGGUAUGCUUGCAUUGCAAGCCUCAAUAGGGAUGUAGAGGAGUAUCUGUCACCAUGGUUUACCACAUUAACGUACCUAAACUGUUACUGGUAUACCAUUAACCCACUAAAUAGUAGUGACAUGUGGCCUCAUGUAGACUACAUCAGCCCAUUGCCCCCCAAAAGGAGAAGGCUACCAGGAAGACCAUCAACAAAAAGGAAAGGGAUUAGAAUGAGAGGGAAAACCAAUGAAAAAGCCAUUCAAUCACAAAAAGAGAAACCAAUUGGGGAAUCAUCAAAUGCAAGUUCAAAGAAAAAGAAAUCCAAGAAAGCUGUGAAGGUUGCAUUGGCACAUGAAGUUGAUAUUGAUAGUGACAGUGAAGUUGAAAUAGAACCUGAAAGUGAUGUUGACUAUUUUGAUCUUGAAUUUGAAGAUGAUGUGCAACUUGAAGUUGAAGAUGGAGUAGAACCUGAAGUCCAAGAUGGAGUGCAACAUGAAGUUCAAGAUGAAGUGCAAGUUGAAGUUGAACCUGAAAUUCAUCUUGAAGUUCAUGAUGCUAACCAAGUUGAAAUUCACCCUGCAGUUCAAACUGAAAUUGAACCUGAAGUGCAAGUUCAAGUUGAAUAUGCUAACCACAUUGUAGUCCAAGAUCAAGUGGAAAUACUAGCUUUUCAAGUUGUAGUGGGAAAGAGGGCAAGGAAACCUUCAGAAAGGAUUACAAAACUGAAGAUAAGAAAGAUGUGGGAGGGAAAAUAG